GGAGCCGCGAUGGAGGGCGCUUUGACUGUCCGCCAGGUAAUAAAUGAAGGGGAGUCAAGCUUUGCCACUGAGCCACAGGAAGAGUUAGAGGAGACUCCCAGUCCAGUUGUGGAUGAGAAUAAUAUAGUUUCAGCAAAAAAACAGGGGCCAAAUUUACAUAACUGGAGUAGUGACUGGAGCUUUUGGAUUAUGCUUGUGCUCUUCAGAGGGACAUUUUGCUUCAGGGACGUCUCUAUCUUUCAGAAAACUGGCUGUGUUUCUAUAGCAACAUCUUCAGAUGGGAAACUACAAUUUGUAUUGCGUUAAAGAACAUAACCUUCAUGACUAAGGAGAAAACUGCUCGACUCAUCCCAAAUGCUAUCCAGAUUGUUACAGAGGGU